AGUUGUUGAACUGGAAUGACUUCUCAAGAGAAAGCAUGUCGACAUGAUGUUCGUUCCACCGGCAAGGGGGUGAACGUAAAAAUGAACGUCAGCGAUAACAGCGGGUGCGGCUGUUUUCAGAUGAACCGAAAAAAAAACAUGGCCCUCUUUUGCCUGUUGCUGGUUAUCAGCUUCUCCUCAGCUGACGAAUUCUUCUCUUCCAUAGGUCAAAUGACGGAGCUGCUGCACACGGAGAAGGACCUGUUGACCUCGCUGGAGGACUACAUCCGAGCCGAGGAGACCAAAUUGGAGACGGUCAAAAGUUGGGCCCAGAGGCUGGCCAACCUGUCGGCGUUGGCCAUCCAGGACCCUGAAGUCUUCCUGGGGCACCCCAUCAACGCCUUCCAACUUCUCAAGAGGAUGAACCGUGAGUGGAGCAACCUGGAGAGCCUGGUGCGCAGCAACGUGUCGGACGGUUUCAUGUCGGAAAUGGACGCCAAACGGCAGUACUUUCCCGGCGAGGAUGACCAGACAGGUGUGGCCGAGGCCUUCCUGAGACUGCAGGACACGUACCAGCUGGACACUGACACCCUGGCCAAAGGCCAGCUGCCAGGUCAGGAGCGCCACAGAGCGAGCGCCUUUGCUAUGGAGAGUGCAAGUAAGCGCCCCUCCCCUCUUCUCUCGUCAGGAACCUCCGUGCUCCCGAGCGUCCUGACGGUGGACGACUGCUAUGACCUGGCCAUGGCGGCAUACAAGGACUCCGACUUCUACCACACGGUGCUGUGGCUGUCGCAAGCCCUCAAGCAGAUGGAGGAGGGCGAAAUGGCCGCAAACGUGAAGGUCGUCACCCUCCUGGACUACCAGAGCUUUGCUUUCCUCAAGCAAGGAGAUCUGGAGCGUGGCUUGGAGUCCACCAAGAAGCUGCUGGAGCUUGAUCCGGAAAACCUGCGAGCCAAUCAGAAUCUCAGGUACUUUGAGCACCACCUGGAGAAACAGAAGACGGGCGAGGAGACGGCCGAGGUGCCCAAGGGUCGAGGUGCCCACAACGCCAAGUACGAGCGACUGUGUCGCGGCGACAGCAUCGAGAUGACGCCGCGCAGACAAAGCCGCCUCUUCUGCCGUUACUAUGACAACCAGCGCCAUCCCAACCUGGUGAUCGCUCCCGUCAAAGAGGAAGACCUGUGGGACAAGCCCCGCAUCAUCCGCUAUUACGACAUUAUAACGGACGAGGACAUGGCCGUCUACAAAAAGCUGGCCAGACCCAAACUGAUCCGCUCCAGAAUCAGCGACUACGAAUCCAAUCGCAGUUACGCCGUUCCAACCAGGAUCUCCCAAAAUGCCUGGCUGGAGGACAUUGAGCACGAGAGUGUGGCGAAGAUGGUCAAGAAAAUGAGCGACAUCACAGGCCUGGACUCGACCACGGCUGAGGCCAUGCAGGUGGCCAACUACGGCGUGGGAGGACAGUAUGAACCUCAUCACGACUUUCAAGGGGACGAGGUUGAAGAACCUUAUAGAAAUUUGGGCACUGGAAACCGAAUCGCCACCUGGCUAGUUUAUAUAAGCGAGGUGCCGGCAGGGGGGGCUACUGUCUUCCCCCAAUUGGGCGCUGUCGCUUGGCCCAUUAAGGGCUCUGCUGUGUUCUGGUACAACCUUCUGCUCAACGGGAAGGGAAACUACCAGACCCACCACGCUGCCUGUCCUGUCCUGGUGGGGAGCAAGUGGGUGGCCAACAAGUGGCUGCACGAGCGAGGUCAGGAGUUCAGGAGGCGCUGCGGCCUGCAAAAUUCUUGAACACAACAUGGGGCCCAACUGCACUUUGGCACUUGACUCCAUGCUAUGCUAUGGUGUCCGGUUACCACGACGACCAUCGUCUUUGGCGAAAAACAAGCACUGAAGCUGAAUAAUUAGUUAUUGGAAUAUUGAAAUGGAUUUCCUGUUGGCUGCUUGAAGAAUUAAACAGGUUUCGUUCCACUCAAGAGUGCCUUUGGCAUGUUGGGGAGAGAUUGCGUAAAUAAGUUGUUUAAUCUAUUAUACAUUUUUUAGCAGUUAUUUGGUUAAGUGGUUGUGAGUGACUUUGUUUCUUGCAAAAAUAAUUAUUCAUUUAAAGUUGUGAAUCAGAAUAAAAAUUUAACUAAGUUAACAAUGAGCACAUUCUUUUGAUUCAAUAACUUGAUACAUAAAAAUAUGUGAUGACAA